UUCUCUUUUCUAUCCACUCUGGUCUCUCCCCUCUGCCUGCCUGCCUGCCUCACCAACCGAGCCAUUUGGUCUGACCUUCCCAGACUUACUUCAUCCAGAAGAGAAAAAAAGCCUCCAGCUUUCAGAAUGAGCUCCUUCAAGAAAAGCUCUUACAGCGUGAGAAGUUCCAACGCCCCAAGGAGCUUCAGCAGCAUGUCCUACUCUGGACCGAGCGCAGGCAGCCGCAGCAGCAGCAGCUACAGUGUCAAGAAUUCCUAUGGAGGAGGCAACAGGAACUUUGGAGGCAUCACCAGCUCCUCUGCCUAUGGCCUGAACUCAAGCAUGGGUGGCGGAAGCAUGGGAGUGAGUGGAGGCAUGGGAAUGAGUGGAGGCAUGGGAAUGGGAAUGGGUCAUGGACCUAUCACCGCCGUCACUGUGAACAGGAGCCUGCUGGCCCCCCUGAACCUUGAGAUUGACCCCACAAUCCAUGGUGUCCGAACCCAGGAGAAGGAGCAGAUCAAGACCCUCAACAACCGCUUUGCUUCCUUCAUUGACAAGGUCCGCUUCCUGGAGCAGCAGAACAAAAUGCUGGAGACCAAGUGGAACCUGUUGCAGGGACAGACCACCACCCGCUCCAACAUCGACGCCAUGUUCGAGGCCUACAUCUCCAACCUGCGCAGACAGCUCGACGGGCUCGGCAACGACAAGAUGAAGCUGGAGGCCGACCUGCACAACAUGCAGGGCCUGGUGGAGGACUUCAAGAACAAGUAUGAAGAUGAGAUCAACAGGCGCACAGAGUGUGAGAAUGACUUUGUUCUCAUCAAGAAGGAUGUUGAUGAGGCCUACAUGAAUAAGGUUGAGCUGGAGGCCAAGCUGGAGAGUCUGACAGAUGAGAUCAACUUCCUUAGGUCCAUCUAUGAAGAGGAACUUCAUGAGCUCCAGAGCCAGAUCAAGGACACUUCCGUCGUUGUGGAGAUGGACAACAGCCGCAACCUGGACAUGGACUCCAUUGUUGCUGAAGUCAAGGCUCAGUAUGAAGACAUCGCCAACCGCAGCCGUGCUGAGGCAGAGACAUGGUACAAGUCCAAGUAUGACGAGAUGCAGACCUCCGCCAGCAGUUACGGAGAAGACCUGAGAAGCACCAAGACAGAAAUCUCAGACCUCAACCGCAUGAUCCAGAGACUGACAUCAGAGAUUGAUGCCGUCAAGGGACAGCGUGCCAACCUGGAGGCCCAGAUCGCUGAGGCUGAGGAGCGCGGUGAGAUGGCAGUGAAGGACGCCAAGCUCCGCAUCAGGGACCUUGAGGAUGCCCUGCAGAGAGCCAAACAGGACAUGGCCCGCCAGAUCAGAGAAUACCAGGACCUGAUGAACGUCAAGCUGGCCCUGGACAUUGAGAUUGCCACCUACAGGAAACUUCUGGAGGGAGAGGAGGACAGGCUGGUCAACGGCAUCCAGUCAGUCAACAUUUCCCAACAGAGCUCAAGCUACAGUGGUUUCCCCAGCAAUAAGAGCGGCUACUCAAGCGGCUACUCCAGUGGUUACAGCGGUGGAUACGGAGGCGGAUAUGGCAGCAGUAGCAUGGGCAGCAGUAACAUGGGCAGCAGUAACAUGGGCAGCAGUAACAUGGGCAGCAGUAGCAUGCGCGACUUCAGCAGCGGAAGCAGCGGCGGCGGUUACACUACGACCCAGAGCAAGAAGAACGUUGUUAUCAAGAUGAUCGAGACCAAGGAUGGCAGAGUGGUGUCCGAGUCCUCUGAGGUCAUUGAAGAUUGAGCUGUCUAGUUCAAAGGUGUAGCUACCUGUCUGCUAUGAUCUCCUCGGCCAUCUGCUGGUAGUUUUAUACUUACACUUCACUCCCCCUGUACCCCCCAAAUAUGAAGUAAAAUGCUUGCCAGCAAUUUUCCAAUAGUGCCUUAACAUGUUCCUCAUGAAGCAAUAAAUGAUCCUAACACUAUGAAGCAUCUGAAAGGGACCAAAGAAUCUAUUUUGUAUGUCUGACUGUCUGAACUAAAAAAAAAUGUAGUUUUGUCUCACAAAGUGGGAUAAAAAAUGGGCAAAUUGCAACUAUGAAAAAAGAAGAUACAAUCUAAAACACUCCUUUGAAAUCUAUGCAACAGCUAUUCCAUUCAUGAAGGGCUGUAUCUUUCAAAACGGUGUUGGAUAGACAGUGGUAUUGUCAAAGGAAUGCGAAUGUACUGAAACAGUGCUUGAGCGUUGUUGGUCAAACUAAUGUCUUAAAUUGCCUGCUGCAGUAGUGCAUGUCUUCCCUGUGCGCUUCCUGUAACUGAAACCUAUCGACCCCUUAGGAGGCUGCCCACACCAUACUGUUGUCUCUAGGUGCUGUUUUUGCUACCAAACCAAAUAAAAUGUGUUUACUGAAAGAAAAA